AUGAAGAGUAACCUGAACACCAAAAAUAUACAACACCAAGAAAUACCUAACAGUCAGCAACAGCAACAACAGAGAACAAAGUAUUACAGUCAAUCGAGCUACCUAGCCAAAUACAAGAACUUCUUCCAGAUCUAA